UGGUCAAGAAGAACUGAAUUGUAUUGAUGAAACAGGGUGCAAAUGGAAAACCUAGAUAUGUAACUUUAAAAAUAAAAUAAAAGUACAACUCCCAGAACAUCUCACCCAAUAGGCAACCAACCAUUUUCCAAAACUCUUCAUGCUCUCACAAGGCCAAGAAUGGUUCCAGAGUCCAAAGGUCUUUCCUCACAUGUGAAGUAUUCAUGGAUGUUUUGUUCAUGAACAUUUCAUUAUAUCUAUGUGUUUUUAUGUAAUCAGAACAGGUAGCAGCUGUAGUGGGAGGUGUAGUGGGAGGAAUUCUUCUGCUGGUCCUUAUUGGGAUAGCAGUGUACCUCUUUUGGAAGAAAGUCUAUCUCAAGGCAUCCUAUGAAGAACUUACAGAACCUGCCUCCCCUGUUCGGCAGAAGCCAGAUGUUAACCUAUCAUCUUCUUCAUCAUCACCUCAUCCUCCAAAGGCAAGAACAAGAAGCGUCCCUUUCAUUGUUCCACCAAAAUUUAAUAGACAAGCCUGGGGUGAAAUGAUAAAUGGAGAACAUGUUCAGGAGGAUAGUGACCUCUAUGUUACCCCUGAUUCUGGACCUCGAUCUUCUUUCCAUUCUUUAGCUGGAGCAUACCUUGUGGGAGCCAUUAACCCAGAACUCUACAGGUUUCCUGAAGACAAGAGUGAGACAGACUUCCCCGAGGGGAACAUUGGUCGGCUUUGGUUCUCUGUGGAAUACGAGCAAGAGUCAGAAAGGCUCCUUGUCUCCUUGAUCAAAGCCCGAAAGCUGCAGCCUCCCUCAAGCUCUUGCAACCUCUUGGUGAAAAUCUACCUGCUGCCUGAUGAGAGGCGCUACUUGCAGUCCAAGACCAAGCGGAAAAAUCUUAACCCUCAAUUUGAUGAGAAUUUUGUCUUCCAGAUUUCCAGUAAUGCACUUCACCAAAGGACACUGAAGUUCUGUGUCUACCAUGUUGACAAACAGAAGAAGCACAUUCUCCUAGGACAAGUCAUGUUUCCUCUGAAAAAUGAAAGCUUAUCUUCUGAUGGAAAGGUCAUUUUUUGGAGAGAUUUGGAAGCAGAUAACCUGGAGAUGCCAUCUGAACAUGGUGACCUCCAGUUUUCUCUCAGCUACAAUGGCUAUCUGGGUCGUCUCACAGUCGUGGUGCUGAGAGCCAAGGGCUUGAAGUUCCAGAAAGAAAAACAAGCUGUUGAUAAGUGUGGUGUCUUUGUCAAAGUCUCCCUAAUGAAGCAUAAUCAGUUCAUCAAAAGCAAAAAGACUACAGCUGUUGUGGGUUCCCCUGAUCCAUUGUACAAUGAGACGUUCAGCUUCAAGGUUGACCAACUGGAGCUGGAUACAACAAGCCUGAGCCUUUCUGUGAUGCAGGAAGCUGAGGGAGAAGAAACUUAUCCACUGGGUCGUGUAGUUGUUGGGCCCUUCAUGUACACCAGGGGCAAAGAACUGGAACACUGGAAUGAAAUGAUCAACAAACCCAAGGAGUUGGUGAAAAAGUGGCAUGCGCUCUCUCUUAGCAGCUGAACGGUGAAGAACUUUUUUUUACAAGUGAGACUGCCUGCCUGUACACAGUGGGAAUGAAGAACUUUCAACAGUGUUAUCUCCAGGAUCAGUUCACCAAAUCUAUCCUCUGUUUGGUACCUGCAUUCUUCACAGAAACUCUUUGGUUUGGUAAAGACAGUUGGCAACAUCCCCAGAAAACAAUGGCUCUGACUGUAAUCACUGGCAUGGUCCAAUCAACUGCAGAAAGGAAUAUGAAUCUUAAAAUUGGAGAGCUCUUAAACUAGCGCUACAGUUGCUAUUGAAAUUUGAUAUGGUUUUAUCUAAUCCAAGUGGCCGUAUGAACUGGUAGUCAAAUGUACCCUUGACAAUUGACUUUAUUACCCGGGAUAAAUAGGGCAAAACCAGGGUUUAAUCAGCCCAUUAAACCGUGUAAAAUGCGAUUUCACAUUUAAGAUUUUCACACAACGUC